AUGUCUGGUUCCUUCAGUGUCAGUGCUAUGAAGAUGGUGAUUCAACAGCUCUGGCUAGGUGCCAGGCUCAACUGGGUGAAGGUUUCCCAUGCAGCUACAGAUUUGAAACAAUUCUGUCUGCAGAAUGCUCAACAUGACCCCCUGCUGACUAGAGUAUCUUCAAAUAUCAAUCCCUUCAGACUUCAGAAUGUCUGUUCCUUUUUGUAG